AUGGAGCAUGAGCGCCCAACUGGACACGACACACGACUGUCGGCGUCCCCAGCUCCCGCGCCCGCCCGCCAUGCUGAACAGCGAUCUAACGGCGCAUCUUGGCCUGUGGCAGUUGCGGAAACUGUUAUGGCAGAGCAGGUCACCAACCAUCAUGUGGUAAAGGAAGCACAGUCGGUGGCACGCCCGGCGUCCAUCGACGACACUGCAUCGACUCCCAGCCCCUCUGCCGCCCACGGCGAGCUGCCACCGCCCCCAGCGACGACCAACAGCACCGCCGCCGACGCCCCCUCUACCUCUUCGAAUGCGACGCCCGCAGCAGCAGCCUUGGCAGCCGGCGCGCAGGCCUCGGCAGACGGCCACGCCCAGGCGGCCACGGCCCCCAACCACGUGAAGCAGUCAGGCUCGGCACCCAAGGACGCAGGCGAAGCGCUACCAAACGGCGACGCCGCUGAUCGAUCGGGAGCCGAGUCUCCGCACAUCAAUGGCGAAGCCAUCAGCGGCUCAGACACAGACAUCAGCCGCCCUGGCAGCGUCGAUCCCACAAAGCAGGAUACCGCACACGCUCGAUUGAGCUCCAUGAAGAAGCCUGCAGCCUUCAAGUCGGUGUCCGUGACGAAGAGUUUUCUGGCCAAGUCCGCCGCCUCGACGCCUUCUGCCUCCCCAGGCCUAAAGCCAGCGCCAGCAGUACAGCCUCCGACCUCGACGUUACUGACCGCAAAGCCUCGCCUCGUUGCCAAGUCAGGCGCCGCGAACACGCCGCGAACCCUCGGAAAGACGAAUGGCGCAGGAGCAGGGCCGGACGCGAGCAAAGUGUGGAACAAGAACCAGCCGGUACCCCCACCGCCGCCGAAGCAAUACACGGACGAGGAGCUCAAGCAGCAGUAUGGCAUCCAUCUCGCCACACGUCUGCCCAUGGACGAAGCUGGCAAAGAAGCAAAGUGGGCUGAUAUCGACGACGACGAUGGUGACUGGGCUCCAGACACGGUCGAGUGGAUGGACGGGACAAAGUCGUCCGUCACGGCGCCCGAGAACCAGCCACCGCCGCCAGUCGAGGAACCGCCGAGGCCCACCGUUCUCGCGAGACCAGAGACAGCGGCCGAUGCGCCCAAACCGUCUGGGCCUGCGCCUACGAGCGCGCCAAAGCAAAGUGUUACAGGUGCGCCCAAGACCAUUCUGAAGCCUGGUGGACACGUGCAAUCAGGCACCACGAAAACCAGCCUCGUUCUGAAGGGCCAGCCCGAGAAGCCCACGCUUGUAGCCAAGCCGUCCACCGGAGGCCCUGCCAAAUCACCAUGGGCUGUUCUGCCUCCCGUCGAGAAGGCCUCCCCGUUGCAAAUGACCCCGCCAACGCAGCAGCAACCUACGAAUCACCGUUUCUCUACACAAGACCAGCGAGCUUACGAGCCUAUGCCGCCACAUCCUGGCAGGGAGAUUGCGCCCGACGACUUCAACCGUACAUGGCGCGAAGAGCGAGGCGGGCGUGAGCUGUUCAACUCGCAGAACGGCCGUUACGAGCCUGUGAAUGACGCACGGCGAGGCUCUUUCCGCGACUCGGGCUACAGACAGCAGCAACAUCCGUCUCUUCUGCAGAGAUCAUCGCAUGAUGGCCCAGCGGAGCCCUCUUCAGCCUUCCAGACUUCUAGGUCGAGCGGGGAUAUGCCAUCCUGGGGUAGGAGACGGACUUCCUCCAACGUCAGCGGAGGACCUGGACGCCGCAUGUCGUUCGAUCGACGAGGUCCCGAAUUUUCCAACGCCAUCUUGGACGAGGAACACCAGGCUGCGCCUUCAAUCAACGGAGCAGAGCCUGCAAGCAACGAAGCAUCGCGUCAGUCUUCUCUCGCGCAAGCCGCAUCCCCUCACGUAACCCAAACGCAUCCAGCUGCACCCCAAGACCCGGUCCCCCCACCUGUGAAUGAAGCCCCACCCACAGCAAACGCUGCUCCUACCAUGGAAGAUCAGGUCGAGGCGCAGAAGCGCAUGAUGGCGGACAAAAUCGAACGCGCUCGGCUCAAGAAGCAGCAGCAGCUGGAGGCUGAGAAGAAGGAAGAAGAGGAAAAGAAGGCCCGUAUCGCAAAACGACUCGCAGCUCUGGGUGAGGCGCCUAAGCCAAAGGCGAGUGAGAAGUCUCCGUCGCCCGCCGUCGGACGGUCUCCACAAAAGGUCGAUGCUGCACUUGCUCCUGUGCAAUCACCUCCAAAGCCCCCUGUCCCAUCGAGCGAUGGCGAGGUUGCUCAGUAUGGUAUGAUGAAGGUCCACCAAUCCCACCCGGUGAAGAAGCCCUCGCCGGUUUCUCAACCAGCGAAACUUGUUGAACCUAAGCCAAACGCCCAAGACGAUACGCAGGUCAGGCUACCACUGUCAUUGGAUGCAGCCCCUACGCUGCCGUUUGACUCAAAUCGUAGCCACGGAAGAAAGGCAGCAGAGCAUUCACGAACGCUAGCGGAGGGCACGGCCCCCCAAGGGACCAAGCCAACGCAACCUGCCUGGCAGCCGGGCCCAGGCUCACAAACUCGAGGCGGUUGGACUUCACAGGUCUGGGGCUCAGCGCAAACAAGAGAUCGAAAUCUCGGAAACGGAAUGUUCGACUCGGGCUUUCACCGUGGACAGCCUCGCUCUGGCACACAGCAGCAAUUGCCCACGCAACCUUCUUCUGCACCGAUUGCACCGAUUGGGGUUGAUCCUGCACCACCAUCUGUCUCCCACACAGUCAAGAUGCCGCUCUCGUCGCAGCCAAUUCACCCUCCAUCUAGACAAAUGCCAGCACAAGCAGUACCAGGUCCAAUCGCGCCUCCUUCAGACAACAAGUGGGGCAACUUCGCGGCUCACAUUGCCCGUGAUGAUGCAAACAUGGUCGUCAAGGCACGUCAAGACAGGGACCGCAUGGGUGGUGAGUCAUUCCGUCCUGAGCUGCGGGAAACAUACAAGGACCAGCGAGGCAAAGCCCAAACUGUAGUGCACAGCACAGUUGCCGGUAGUGCUACCGUGGAAGGUGGCGCCAAUGCUAGGGUCUCUCCUGCAGGAUCUGAGCUCAAGUUGCGAGAUGAAGCUGUCAAGUCUUCCCACGACGGCUCACCACAACAGCCUCUCGUGCAAGGUACUCCACUACAGCAGACGGGUGGCUCGCGCUCUUCACGUUUUUUCCCUCGACCGAUCGAGACGUCUUUGCAGGCACCAGUCACUGCAUCAAACAAAGCGGAUUCGCCCCCACCUCCUCCUGAGACGGAGACUCAUCCAGUCUUCGCUGACAGCGUAUCUGGCCAUCCGUUAGUCAGGCUGCCCAGGCCUUCGCCUGUUGUUCGUCUGCCGAAGCCUGCUCAGGACCCUGUAGACGUCCCAGUUAGUAUGCCUCCGCGCGGACAUCAUGGACCUGGCGCUCGCCCUCUGGCUAUGAAUCCUGAGUGGCAGGCCCGAUUCAACAAGCUUCUCGACAAGCCCGCUGCCGUUGACACGGGAUCAAAUGCUAGGCCUCUGGCUGUGGUACCAGUAGCGUUACCUGCAAGACUGAGUGCACUUGCUGUCGCUGCCUCCAGCAAGGCCUCCCUCGACGUCCGUGGUCCCACUGGAUCUGCAACUGUCUCUCUGCCCAACGCUGUUUCUAGGAAGAACUCCGGCCGUGACAGCAGUCGUGGGACCUUCACUCGCGAUGGCACUGCUGCACUGUUUGAGGAUAGAGAAUUUGGGUCGCUACCUACUGUGAGACUGCCCAAGGUGCCUCACUUGAGCGCGAACGAGCCAGCCAUCACCCUUCCCAAGGACGACGUAUACACGCGGCUUAUCAGGAAAGAGAACCCGUUCACGACUAAGAGACUGGACGCUUUCGACUUCGGUGCUGGCAGUGAGAUCGACGUCAUCGUUCGUUUGGCACACAUGAAGGCGCCCAUUACCAAGACCAUGCCGAAGCCGCGCCGUGGCAAGGGUAACGGCCCUUACAAUAAGCCCAAGCGCAACGGCACUCCUACUGGACCCCAGACUGGUGGCCCGAAGGAACGACCGCGCAAGCCAUCGCAGCAGGGUCAUGGAGAGCGUACCGACAGCUCUCCCAGGGUUCACUUACCCAGUACCUGGCCGGCCAACUCUCGUCCUACUACCACGGCGCCUAAACGCGAGUCCUGGGCUCAGCGUGCUGCUGCUGCUGCUGUAGCGCACUAG